UAACAAUGGAUAAAAAAAAAAAAUAAUACACAUCUAGUUCAAUCCAGCUGUUAUUAGACUGUCAAUUUUUUAAAUUACCAAGUUCUAAUCAAUAAUCAAAAAUAAUAAUAAAUUGCUCCAAUACUGAAGGGAAUUAAAGUAAAUUAUUAAAAAAUUUUUUUAUUAAUUUGAUAGAAUACCAACGUCAGGUUUAAAAUAAAAAUACAUAUUUUUCAUUACACGUCUUAUCCGACAUUUUAUAAACAAAAACACACGCAGUGUUUUUCUUUUUGAGCAUUACAUAUUAAAAAAUAAAUAAUAAAUUAAUCAAGAUGAAUGACGAAUCAAAUGGAGAAUCAACAUUUGAAUUUGUGGAUAAACGAGUUGAAGAAAUGACAAUAACUGGUGAUUUAACAAAAAAUGAUUCAUCAAGCAACAUGUCAUCAUCAUCAACUGGAAAUUUAUUGUCAAAUAUUGCUCCACCAUCAGCACUUCCAAGCUUCAUUGCAAAUCCAGUUCAAAUAGCAUCAUCAUCAACAUCAUCAACAGCUAAUGAUGAUAAGAGUAAUAGCCAAAUUGAUCAUUCAGCAGAUGUACAAACAAAACAACCACAAGAUAAUCAACAAAUUCAACAACCUGCUGGACCAUCUGAAACAGUAUCAGAAAAAUUAUCAAGAUCAUCAUCACAAGAUAGUAAUCAAUUUUUCGAUGCUGGAUUAGUUGGAAGUAAUUUAUUUUCAUGGGUCAAAACAAAUGUUGUAAACUCAAAUGUAUUGAGUAAAGUUGCUGAAAAAGCUAAAAGUAGUGUUAACACUAUGAUUACAACGUUGGAUCCACAGAUGCGUGAGUUUAUUUAUUCUGGUGGUGAUUGUAAAAUAAUUGUUGCAACAAAUGAAGAAGGAAAAAUUAGUCCAGUACGUGAAGCAUUUCAAAGUGUUUUUGGCAAAGCUACUGUAUCUGGAAUGUCAGUUGAUACUGCUGCAGUACCAAAAACACCAAUUGGAUUUGCAGCAGCUGUUAAAUCAGCUGAAUCACAAAUAAAAUUAGCAAAAUAUAGUCAUGAUAUACCAGAUGAUAUUCCAAUAAUUGCUGUACAAAAUUUUAUACAUGAAAUUGAUGAUGAUAAAUGGUAUGAACUUGCUGUUAUACUUAUGGAGGAUAAAAAAAAUAAUGUUAAUCUACAGACAUUCAGUCAAAUGACACCAGUACCAAGUCAAUUUGUUGAAAUAGCUAAAACUGAAACACCUGAUGAUUAUCCAUUGAUUACACUUGGUCUUGCAAUAUCAAUUGAUGAAUUGAUGGCUGAUAAUUUACAGGUUUCUAAAAACGAGUGGCAUCAUGCACUAACUGGUGUAUCAAGAAGAGACAGUCUUCUUCUAGCAGCUCAAUCACUUGCUGGCAUUUACAAAAAUACAAUAGCAAUUGUAUAAUCAAUCAACUCAAUGGAUUCAUCAACAACUCUUCAUUCUUUUUUUUUUGUAAAUAUAUAAAGAAAAAAUUUGUAUUUUAUCCUACCAGUUUUAUUCAUGAUAUGUAGGUAAAUUAAAUUUUAUGAUUUGAUAUUUUUAAUUUAAUAAUUAUUGGCAGUAUUUUGUUGUUAAAAAAAAAAACCAAUUACAUUAUCAAUAUGAAACCUAAAUGUCAAAAUGUAUUUUCAACACAAUAACUUGUAAAAUUUAUUUUUAAUUAUUAUGGGUGAAAGAUAUUAAUAAAAAAAAAAAAAAAAUAAAAAAAAACAAUUUAAAAAUCAUUAUUAAAAAAAUAUGUUAUUAUUUUUUUUUUUGUUUAUUUUAAAAUUUUUUUUUUUCCUUGCUAAUUAUUAUCGUGUUUGAGAAUGAUAUAACAACAUUCUCAAUUCUAACGAUCAUCUUCCUUAUUUCUCCUUCUCAUUUCCCUUCUCGUUCAGUCGUUUUUUUUUUUUUUUUUAUUUUAAUUAAAACACAAAUAACUAAAAAUUAAACUAAAGAAUAAUAAUAUACGCUGAAUUUGUAAAAAAAUGAAUGUAAAAAAAUUCAGAACUUUAAUAAAAAAUAUAAGAUGUGAAUUGAUAACAGGUAGCAAUUGAGGUUCAUAUUAUUUAUAUGAAAUUAAAAACUAUUUACCUCGAAUUGACAAUAAAUUAAAUUCCUGUAAAAUCAUUUCAUUGUAAUUUUAAUUUUUAAU